ACACGCUUGCCUCAAACUCACUAAGAUCCCCCUGCCUCAGUCUCUGCCUCUGCCUCUCCAGUGCUGGGAUUAAAGAUAUGUGCAACCACUGCCACCACCUGACUUUGGGUCAAUUUCUUAUGGUGCCAAGGGAACUCUGGAGGCCUUCAAAGCAGGAAGGUAGACAGAAAUUAGUUUCUAGCCCCAACAGACUGGGCGACCUUACUUCAACACAACCACUUCCUUAGCAUUGCCCCUACUGUCUCCAUGGUACUUCACCCCUGUAAAGUCACUGCCAACUUAUCAGCUGCUAGCACCAAAGCUCUUCAGCUAGACAGUCCUUUCUCAAGGCAGCUGACUGUCAUGGCUGACAAGUCCUGGGUCCUCAGUCCUUCCCAAGUGAGUCUUCACAGAGCUGAUCAACUGGCUUUUCCCAGAGGGUAGAAUCUGGAUACCAGGUAGACACCCAGUGGCUUUUGUAAUUACAAUACUUUCUGUAUUCUGUUGAUUUACAAGGGUUAUUACAGAUUUAGGACAAGGGAAAGCAGACUCCUCUUGAAGGGGAGUAGGUACAAGGACGGUGUGGGCUAGACAUGCGCCACACUGCCCCUCAUCCUCCUAAUUAGGGUAAGGAGAUGGCCAUUUCAAGCGCUUGGGCCUGAGAUCAGUCCACAAGGCCAAGGGCAAUGGUUUAUGAGUGUGUGUAACCCUAGUUGAGGCAUGGAGACAGAUGCCUGUGCGUUUGGUACUGACUGCAUCUGUACAGGUCGUUUUCCCAGGUGGCUGGCCUUAGCAGAAACAUGUGUCCUUGAAGCUGCUAACCAGAUGCUAUUGGCAGUAAAAUGGCAUUUGUGUGGGAUUUUCUUUUUCUUUUAGGUCUGGUGUGGUUAAACCAUUCAUUUAUAGUUGUGAGCCAGCUUGUUCUCUGUCAUUUCAUGGCAUUAGUGAUCUGGGAGAAAAUACCCACAGGCCAGUAUGACUGUUGCCUACACAUGAGCUAAUUCACAGUAGCCAAACUCAGGUGAGUCUGGCAGCACAGCACUGGUGAGGAAGCCAUGUAGGCAUGUUAGCUGUGAGCUGGGAGACGACAGGCAACCCAGGACCUGCUUCCCCCAGUACCACAUGGUUUGAGUCCAGAUGUCUUUGUUUGUUCCCUGCUACUCUCUUCUGUGUCCUACUGACAAGCUCCUCUCCAUAGUCCCAUGUUCUGAGGGAUCUGGAUUGCUUUUGAAUCUGAAAUAGUUAGGCAUCUCUACAGAGCAGCAUUUUAGUCACCACCUGACAGAGGGUGGCUCCAUGAGCCAUGCCAGGGUCCAGGGAAGACUAUUCUAGGCUGAGGGAGCAGCCAGCACAUGUACUUGAAAUGCUAAGAGUGCCUGGGCAUUCAGGAACUGGCCAGUCAGCAGAGUGGGUAGAGCUGCUGGACAUCCUUUCUCUGAAUGAGGGAUAUUGUUUCCUUGCUCUCCUGUGUCUGUGUCCUCAGUUUGGUGUGUGUGGUGUUUCGUAUGUGUGGCAUAACCCUGGACUCAGAACCUUCUCCUGAGUGUUGGCAGUGCCAGCUCUGCCCUCAGUCCUGAGGUGUCUAGAAUAAUACAUCAUAUCACAGGUACACAAAGGGCUUUUACGUGACGCCACUCAGUUAAACACUUGAGGGUAGAUGUGUGGUGAUUGAUUUCUCCAGGAGCGGGAAGACUAAGGGAGGUCAGACAUGGUGACUCAACCUGUGUGUUGUCUCGGCACCUGGGAAGUUCAGAUAGUAAGAUUGUACAAAGCCAUCCUGGCCUACAUAGUGAAUUCUAGGCAAGCCUGACACAUAGUUUGAGACCCUAUCUCAACAACCAAACAAACAUAAGAAAGAAGAGAUGGGCUAGGCCCUGAAGAGUGAGAAGGAACCAUGGAGACACACUUCCAUCCUGUGUCCAGUUACCUGUGAGCCCAGUGUGCCAUUUGGUAGUGUGUGGUAGAUCAUGCCAGAAGGAUGCAUUGGGGCUAGAGUUCAAAGAACCUUGAAGGCCACAAAGGAGCUCAGCAUUUGAUAGACAUAAGGUGACAUUGGAAGGCCUUCUGGUUUUGCAGUGGUAGAACUGGAGCCUGGGACUUGCAUCCCCGAGUUGCCCCCAUCACAGGCAGCCUCUUACCAGGCAUGUUCAGAAGAAUGUUAAUGGGCAUGGCUGUAGGUGCAGGAGACGGACAGGCUGAGCGUUCACUUCCAGUUCUCCACAGCUGCCGACCUCCUGAGCCCGUGCUUUGGGGGCUCCAUGGAGUGCUGGCAGCUGGUCCGCUCAGUUGCCCGUUCUUGUCAGUGCUUUGACCGAUUCCUGCUCCAAGGAACACGGUCUUCUUAGAUGGGUCAGAUACUGUGACAUUGGGUUCAGUAGGUUCUGGGAGCCUCAUGGGAAGGCUUGCCUUCCAGUCAGCUUACCAAGGACUUAUGUCCAUUAUGGGGAAGUGGCCUUCUUCGCUCUGACAUCUUUUCUUUCCUUUUUUUUUUUUUUUUUUUUUUUUUUUUUUCCUGGAGCUGGGGACCGAACCCAGGGCCUUGCUCUUGCCAGGCAAGCGCUCUACCACUGAGCUAAAUCCCCAGCCCCUUUUCUUUCCUUUUCUUCCUUCCUUCCUUUCUUCCUUUCUUCCUUCCUUCCUUUGUUUUGUUAUGGUUUUUCAAGAUAGGGUUUUUCUGUGUAGCUCAGACUGUCUUGGAACUCACUCUGUAGACUAGGCUGGCCUCAAACUCACGGAAGUCUGCCUUCCUUUGCCCCCUGAGCUGACAAAGCAUAGAUUGUUGGCACACAGAUUCUAAGAAUGGGAAGAAGAUCGUUUAAGAAAUCUUGAUCCAGUGUGGCUGCAGUGGUCCACAUACUCUCUGAGCUUCGCCAUGCCGCCCAAAGACAACAAGAAGAAGAAGAAGAAGGAUGCUGGAAAGUCGGCCAAAAAAGACAAAGACCCAGUAAAUAAAUCUGGUGGCAAGGCAAAAAAGAAGAAGUGGUCCAAAGGCAAAGUUCGGGACAAGCUGAACAAUCUCGUCCUGUUUGACAAAGCUACUUACGAUAAACUUUGUAAGGAAGUUCCCAACUAUAAGCUUAUUACUCCAGCUGUGGUCUCUGAGAGACUGAAGAUUCGAGGUUCCUUGGCCAGGGCAGCCCUUCAGGAGCUACUUAGUAAAGGACUUAUCAAGCUGGUUUCAAAGCACAGAGCCCAAGUAAUUUACACCAGAGACACAAAGGGUGGAGAUGCCCCAGCUGCUGGUGAAGAUGCAUAAACAGAUUCAAGCAUUUGGGAAAAUAAAACUUUAUUGAAUCAAAAAAAAAAA